GCGGAGCGGCGGGCGGCAGCAGCGGCGGGGCCGGGCCGGUGGCGGUGGCGGGGCCGGUGGCGCCAUGGCCCGCUGAGGGCUCCGCGGAGCGCGGCCCGCCCUGCUCUCUCGCCCCGCCGCGCAGCGCUCCGCGGGGCGCGACAUGGGUGCGGGGCCACGCCGCCGCCGGGGCCCCGCCGCCGCCGCCACCGCCGCCACCGCUGCCGCGCCGGGGCCGCUCGGUGCCCUGCUCGCCGCUGCUCUCUUGGCCGCCGCCGGUGCUCAGCAAAGUGCAACCGUGGCCAACCCAGCGUCCGGUGCGUCCCCAGACCUGCUUCCUCACUUCCAGCUGGAGCCGGAGGAUGUCUACAUCGUGAAGAACAAGGCGGUGAGCCUGGCCUGCCGUGCCACCCCUGCCACCCAGAUCUACUUCAAGUGCAACGGCGAGUGGGUGCACCAGGCUGACCACGUCACGCAGCACAGCACUGACCGUGCCACCGGGCUGCCAGUGAUGGAAGUCCGCAUAGAGGUCACCCGCCAGCAAGUGGAGAAGAUCUUUGGGCUGGAGGAGUACUGGUGCCAAUGUGUGGCCUGGAGCUCCUCUGGCACUACCAAGAGUCAGAAAGCCUUCGUGCGCAUCGCCUAUCUGCGCAAGAACUUUGAGCAGGAGCCGAUGGCCAGGGAGGUCUCCAUUGAGCAGGGCAUUGUGCUGCCAUGCCGCCCUCCUGAGGGCAUCCCUCCUGCCGAGGUGGAGUGGCUGCGCAACGAGGAGCUGGUGGACCCGGCUUUGGAUGCCAAUGUCUAUGUGACUCCGGAGCACAGCCUGGUGCUGCGGCAGGCCCGCCUGGCUGACACUGCCAACUACACCUGCGUGGCCAAAAACAUCGUAGCACGGCGUCGCAGCGCCUCCGCCGCCAUCACUGUCUACGUGAACGGCGGCUGGUCGACAUGGACGCAGUGGUCGGGCUGCAGCACCAGCUGUGGACGGGGCUGGCAGAAGCGGAGCCGGACGUGCACCAAUCCCACACCCCUCAACGGGGGUGCUUUCUGUGAGGGCCAAAACGUGCAGAAAACCGCUUGCACCACCCUCUGUCCAGUGGACGGUGUCUGGUCAGAGUGGAGCAAGUGGUCGGUGUGCGGGGCUGAGUGCACUCACUGGCGCAGCCGGGAGUGCUCGGAGCCAGCGCCACGCAACGGCGGCCGGGACUGCCAUGGCCCUGAGCUGGACACUCGCAACUGCACCUCUGAGCUCUGCAGCCAUGCUGCCCCCGCAGAAGACGUGGCACUCUACGUGGGGCUGGUGGCUGUGGCCGUGUGCCUGGUGCUGCUGCUGCUGGUCGGAGUGUUGGUGUACUGCCGCAAGAAGGGGGGCCUGGAUGCUGAUGUGGCUGACUCCUCCAUCCUCACUGCUGGCUUCCAGCCUGUCAGCAUCAAGCCCAGCAAGGCCGACAACCCCAGCCUGCUCACCAUCCAGCCUGACCUCAGCACCACCACCAUGACCUACCAGGGCUCACUCUGCUCGCGCCAGGAAGGCCCUGCCAAGCUCCAGCUGCCCAACGGGCACCUGCUGAGCCCACUGGGCACAGGGCGGCACACGCUGCACCACAGCUCGCCCGCCGCUGAGGGUGCUGACUUCGUGGCCCGGCUCUCCACCCAGAGCUACUUUCGCUCCCUGCCCCGUGGCAACACCAACAUGGCCUAUGGCACCUUCAAUUUCUUGGGGGGGCGGCUCAUGAUCCCCAACACAGGGAUCAGCCUGCUCAUCCCACCCGAUGCCAUCCCUCGGGGAAAGAUCUACGAGGUCUACCUGACCCUGCACAAGCAAGAGGAGGUGAGGCUGCCCCUGGCCGGCUGCCAGACGCUUCUGAGCCCCAUCGUCAGCUGCGGCCCCCCCGGGGUCCUCCUCACCCGCCCUGCCAUCCUGGCCAUGGGGCACUGUGUGGAGGCCAGCGCUGAGAACUGGAGCAUCCGCCUGAAGAAGCAGUCGUGUGAGGGCACGUGGGAGGACGUGCUGCAGCUGGGCGCAGAGCCAUGCACGGAGCUGUACUACUGCCAGCUGGAAGCGCAGGCUUGCUACAUCUUCACGGAGCAGCUGGGUCGCUUUGCUCUGGUCGGGGAGUCCCUCAGCAUGGCAGCCUCCAAGCGCCUCAAGCUGGUCCUGUUUGCGCCGGCCGCCUGCCCCUCGCUGGAGUACAACAUCCGUGUCUACUGCCUCAGCGACACUCAGGAUGUCCUCAAGGAGGUGAUCCAGCUGGAGAAGCAGCUGGGGGGUCAGCUGAUUGGAGCCCCCCGGGUGCUGCACUUCAAGGACAGCUACCACAACCUGCGCCUCUCCAUCCAUGACAUGCCCAGCUCCCUCUGGAAGAGCAAGCUGCUUGCCAGCUACCAGGAGAUCCCCUUCUACCACAUCUGGAGUGGGCUGCAACCCUUCCUGCACUGCACCUUCACUCUGGAGCGCCUAAGCCCCAGCACCUGUGAGCUGGCCUGCAAGAUCUGGGUCUGGCAGGUGGAAGGCGAUGGGCAGAGCUUCACUGUCAACUUCAACAUUGCCAAGGACACAAGGUUUUCAGACUGGCUGGUCCCCGACAGCGAGGUGGGUGCCCCAGCCCUGGUGGGCCCCAGUGCCUUCAAGAUCCCCUUCCUCAUCCGCCAGAAGAUCAUCAGCAGCCUGGAUCCACCAGGCACACGGGGAGCCGACUGGAGGAUGCUGGCCCAGAAGCUCAACCUUGACAGCCAUCUCAGCUUCUUCGCCUCGAAGCCCAGCCCCACGGCCAUGAUCCUCAACCUCUGGGAGGCACGGCACUUCCCCAAUGGCAACCUCUCGCAGCUGGCCGCCGCCGUGGCCGAGGUGGGCAAGCAGGACAAUGCCCUCUUUGCCGUUUCCGAGGCCGAGUGCUGAGCACGGCAAGGUGUGGGGGGCCAAACCCCCCACUGAGGGGGGGAACCACCGCCGUGGGGCGGGAAAGGGCCCAGGCCGGCCCCCGGGACCCUGAUGCCCCACAGCCCUCGAGGAGGGAUGCCUGUGCCCCGUGGUGGUGGGACUCAGCCCAGGCCUGGGGGUGCCCCGGCCCCGCGGCGGGAGUCUGGGGGGGUCUCUGGGUGUGCGUCGUGCGUGCGGUGCCGUCGUGCUGUCUGCGUGUGGGGCCGGGCGGCCCCGGGCCCCAGGCCCUGUCGUGUAAAGACCGUUUUUUUAAUUCUGUAUUAAGUGCAUUCAAGUAUUUACACUUGGCCUUAUGUACAUAGCGGUGCCGCGGGCGGGGGGUCUGCCGGACGUGAAUGUAAAUAAAUUCGAUAUA